AUGGAAGACCCUUUCAGCCUAGACAGAUUUUCCCCGGAACUCAACCUCUCGAGUGCCCUGCAGCCAGGCUGGAGCCUGAAUCUUUCCUCCUCCCCCGGGGACCGGCGCUGGCCUUCCCUUGGCCGGCAGGUGCAGGUGAUCUCCGCGGCCGCCAUCCUGCUGCUGGGGCUGCUGGGCAACUGCCUGGUGCUGCAUCGCCUCUGCUGCUGUGGCUGCUGCGGCCGGGGCCGGCGGCGGCGGAAGAUGGAUUUCCUCAUCGCCCACCUGGCGCUGGCCGAUCUCUACGGCUGCGGGCUGGCCCUGUUCUCGCAUCUGGCGGCAGAGCUGCUGGGGGCCGCCUGGCCGGCGGGGGACGCCGCCUGCCGCCUGCUUAAGCUACUGCAGGGCUCCGGCCUCCUGGCCUCGUCCAACGUGCUGGUGCUCAUCGCCUUGGAGCGGCACCACGUGGUGAGGCGGCCGGCGGACCCGCCACUGCCCGCCCGGGCCCUGGCCGCGCUGGGCUGGCUGCUGGCCCUGCUGCUCGCCCUGCCCCAGGCCUUCGUGUUCAGGCUCGCCUCCCGCCCCGGGGGCAGCCGCUGCCUCAGCAUCUUCGAGCAGCUCCCGCGCUGGCACGGCCAGGCUUACGGCGUGUACGGGGCCGUCACCGGCUUCUUGGCGCCCGUCAGCCUGCUGUGCUGGGCCUACGGCCGCAUCCUCCUCGCCCUCUGGGCCGCCCAGGAGGAGAAGCCGCCGGCGGCGCGGGGGGUAGGCGGCAGCGGCCGCCGCCGCCUGGGGCUGCCGGCCGCGCGGCCCCUGCUGCUCGGACUGCCGGCCGCCAGCUGCCCCAUGCCCCGGGCUCGGGUGAAGACGCUGCAGCUGACGCUGGUGCUGAUCGCCCUGUUCGCGCUCUGCCGCCUGCCCCGCUUCGUGCUGGAGCUCAGCAUGGCCUUCGGGCCCGGCGGGGAGGCCCCGGCCGCGGCCGGGCUGCGGGAGGCGCGGGCCGCGCUCGGCAUCGUGGCGGUGACCAACAGCGCGCUGAACCCCUACGCCUAUCUGCUCUUCCAGAGCCACCGGCCCUGGGCGCGCCGUCUGCAGAGGAGCCUCUGCAGUGCGGGGCCCGGCCCGACCUGCUGCUGCCCCGGCCCCGAGCGGGAGCCCCGCCGCCGGCCGAACCACCGCGCCCCGCACCGACACCGCCCGAAGGACGGGCCGCCCCCCGGAGCCCAGCGCGCCGCCUUCUGCACCCCAGCGCCGCCGCCCGGCUCAGACUCCCGGGAGCUUGAGGACACCUCCGCCUGCGAGAGCGGUUUCUAAUCAGCCUUCCUCGGGGCGGGGGACAGAGCCCGCCAAGCGGCACCCACCGCAGCAGGAGCAAGCAGCAGGCCACCGAGGGCAGAGAACGAUAUCGUUUAACAUCCUCCUUGGCCCAGUGCCCGGUCAUCGGCCCAGCCUGUCCUUCACCUGUCACCUCCCUCCCCCAGACACUCCCGCGCACGCCUUUCUCUCUUCCCAUUACUUUUCUGCCAAGUUUCUCUUGUGUCACUUCUUCCUGUUUCUCUCCCAUACCCUUCCUCUCAAUCAUCUCUCCAACUUCCCCUUCUUUCUUUUUCCAGAGUUUGAAUAACUACAAAGAUGGGGUUUAAAGUUAAUGGCCUCUGAUGAGAGGCUCCUUACAUGUUCAGAAUGCUCCCAAGAUACUGAUCUUUGUGUUCCUGGGAUGAGGGAAAUUCAAUUCCCUAACCAAGCAGGGGGAACAAGCCUCAUUCCAUCACUGUUUGUAGCCAUGUGAUGACUAGAUGUAAUGUGGUUUAUAGAAGCUGAACUGUGUAUUUUGCAUCUUUAAUAUUUUUAUUACAACUGAAGUAGCUGUCUCCUUGUUCCUUAGGGAUGUGGGGCUCAAAGAUAGGGUUUCAAAAGCGCACCAGUACUUUAUAAUUAUAUACAGAUAUGUAUAGGCGGGAAGGAAUUUCAGAAAGCCUUUAACUGAAAGCUUCCUGAAAACUAGCCAGGAUAAGGUUCUGUAUUAUGAGGUGUGUUUUCAUGUCCUUAACCAUAGCAUUGUCCUUUGUGUUUUCUGUCUUUUUUUUUUUUUUUUUUUUUUAUAGGAGAAGAGUGCAAAAAUCAGCAGGGCUGCUGUUGCUAUGCAAACUGACUGAAUGUUGUACAUAUGAAUAGCUCUAUAUUUGUAACCUUUACAAAGCCUUCUGAAUCUUUUUGUUGCACUCUGUGGACUUAGUGGUAGCCCAUUUGUAAAUAAAAUCAAUGAGUAUAUGAAGUGA